UAACUAUUCUAAAUUCACGUUUACAGAAUGAUGAAAUGCAUUGAGAGGAGGACGAUGGGUUGCCGGGCUAGGGCUGUGAUGAGGGUGGAGGAAGGAUCACCAAUCAUGCUGACUCAGGCCAGUCGAUCACACAACCAUCAGCCCGAUGACGUCAAAGGCGAGACAAUAGCUAUGUUGGCCACUUUGAAGGAGAGAGCAAAAAAAGAAGAGGAGCUAAGAAUAUCAGAAAUCUUAGAUCAGGAGAUAGUCAGCUAUCCAAAAGCUGCCUUUGCUGUAACACGAAAGAAUGCAAGAAGAGCCAUGUACCGUAUGAGAAGUCGUGUGGAGCCAGUCCGCGCUGCUCUCACUUCGGAGCAGAUGGGUGAGGAAGAAAUGCAACAAAGCUAUGGAGAUUGCACAACAACCAAGGAGCCCCAUAGUGACGAUUCGGAAGCUACCAUGUCCACGGUCUGGGAGGAAAUAGUGCAACCUGAUGGUGAAGGUUUGGAAACAACAACCACAGUCUGGCAGGAAAUAUUACAACCCGAUGAUGAAGGUAUGGCAACAACCACAGUCUGGCAGGAAUUAUUGCAAUCUGGGGCCUGUUUCACAAAGGUACAAGUAGUUGUUACCAACCAUGGUUUUGGAGAUCAGCUGAUUACAAGCGUUUCACAAAUGCAGAAUUGUAAACUUUUAGUUACAAUGAAUUUCUACAAGUUUACAAGUGAUUUGCUUCUUCACACUAUUAAUCAAUACAUUCUCCAUAAUCCCGGGUGUUGAUUUGAUUUGAUUUUGAUACCAUGCAAAUCAGAAAUGAA